CCGGCGGCGGCCCCGAGCGGCGCCUUCGUCUUCUCGGAAGCCCUCCUGAAGGAGCCGCGGAGGGGACGGCCGGUUUCGCCGCAGCAUGGGCGCCAAGCAAGCGAAGGGAUGCCCCGCCGGCGGCGGCGGCGGCGGCGGCGGCAGCCCGCACUUGGCUUCCCUGGCCGCUCCGCGGAGGAGGUUGAUGCCUGGCCGGGAACGCGGCGACUUCCUGGCGUCUCUCGUGGUGCGCUCAAGCGAAAAGUUUGGCAAAAGCGGCGGCGGCGCCGGGCUCCCGCCGUACCACCGCCGGAUCGGCCUCAUCCAGGACAUGCUGGGGAUGGUCAAGCAAGGCAAACAGGAGGAGGCGACCGACCUGCUGAAGCACCUGCGCCAGGAUUUGGGAAUGGAGUCCACCUCACUGGAUGAUGUCCUGUAUCGCUAUGCCAGCUUCAGGAACCUUGUUGACCCCAUCACCCACGACCUGAUCAUCAGCUUGGCCAGAUAUAUCCACUGCCCCAAACCAGAAGGGGACUCCCUCGGGGCCAUGGAGAAGCUCUGCAGGCAGCUGACCUACCACCUGAGUCCGCACUCGCAGUGGCGCCGCCAGGGCAUCGUGAAGAGGAAGCCGCAAGCUUGUUUGAAGGCAGUGCUAAUGGGGAAUCCUCAGGACAACACAGUUGACCUGUCUGGCAUACCUCUGACCCUGAAGGAAUUGGACCGGGUCAUCUCCUACCUCCAGCACAGCUCAGAACACAUUGAGAAUGUGGAGCUCUCCUUCACAGAGCUGACAGAUGAGCUGUUCCUCCAGCUUCUGCCUGUCCUCAGCGCCCUGCCGCGCCUCAGCACUCUUUCCCUCAAUGGCAACAGGCUCACGAAGGCCAUCCUGCGGGACUUAACAGAAGCCCUGAAAGACGCCCAGAAUUUCCCCAGCAUGACCUGGAUUGACCUGGGCAACAAUGUGGACAUCUUCUCUCUGCCCCAGCCUUUCCUAGUGAGCCUUAGGAAACGGUGCCCUACUCAGGGCAGCCUUCCAACCAUCCUUGAGUUCGGAGAGGGCCAGGUAAGUGACUUGGAGAGCCAGGAGGGUCUUCCCUCAGGAGAUGAGGACAGGAGUGAGAGUGAGAUGGAUGAUGCCACGUCCAGAGGCCAAGUGUUUGAAGUUAUGCUCCUGUCAAGCCAGUCUGCAACGCAAGAGGAGGCCAGCGCUGAACUGCCUCAGACAUGAGGCAUAACUGCCUCUAGUUGGUUCUGAAGAUAUCACCACUAGCAGCAAAGGAUCUUAGCCAGAUUCCGUGGAUGCCAACCUCUUGUGAUAAUUCCAGCCAAUUUUAUUUCAUAGAGGAUCAGAAUGGGGGACCAGGCUGGAGACUUUUAACUGGACUUUUAAGUGGACUUUUAACUUUUAAACUCCCAAGAUUUUAUAACUAGCACAGAGGAGAUCACUUGUUGCUUCUUUGACAGAAAGCAAGAGAAGCAAAAGAAAAAGACCCUCCUCCUCCUUGCUCAUUGCAGAAUGCUUGCAGGAAAGGACUCCAUGCUUGGUUAAAAGAGGAGCUGACCAUCCCACUGGUUUUCAGAUUUAAUUAGGCAAUGUGACCAGGGGGGUGCUGCAGAGUAACACACACUGUAACCUUGCACCAGAUCUGUGUGAGUGGAUGUCCCUUUCCACACCUUAACAUCUCAAAGUGUAACAUGUCCAUGGCAAUACAGAACUUGAAUCAGCAAGAUGAUAUACCAGGGGAACCCUGUGGAUUGGUUUAUACUUUGAAUACGACCUGGCAAAAGGAAACUUUUGAUUUGGUUUCAGAGGGGCAGUGAAUCUAUGGAAAUGAUACAGUGGGUCCAUGCUCUUUACAGGACAGAUUAUUUACAGUGAACUGUGGGAAUGAAGCUGAUGGUGGCAGUUUCAUGUAUUCAUAUUGCAAUUAAUUGUGGGAAAUAGCUGCAUUUUUGUUGUGGAAUUUGUUUGAUGACUCUGUAUAGGUGCUGCUCUCACUUACUUGGAACUUUCCAUCACUGUGAUAGAAGAGCGACUGGAAGGGAGUUUGUAUACUCAUGGAGCAAAUACUGGCCUCAGUUUUGGAAAGGAACUAGAAACCCUCAGCUGCCUAUAUCAGUUCUCCACAGCUUCCUCCACUCCCAAAACCUUUGAGAGAAGCAGCUGAUGGAAGUGAAGCAGGGAUGGGGUCUGCUGCCCUUUAACUGCUAGGUAUGAGCUUGCUCUAAGGAGGCCAGUUCCUGCAGCUUUCCACACCAGCAUCUUCCCUUCCAGAGCUAUGCCCCCUCAGCCUGUAGUUCUGAGUGACUCCCCACCUCCUUGGCCAGAUGUAGCCCAACUUUCCAUCAGCAGCUGUGGCUGUGUCCAGAAUGUGUGCCUCACUUCAGCACUUUCCCCUGUGCUGUGUGCAAACUAUGGCAGUCGACUUUCUCAUAGUUUGCAUGUCACUAGAUUAUUGAAAGUGUACUUUGUUAAGCAGUAAUAGAAAUAAAGUCUCUUAUUUGAAAUAAAAA